GGCCAUUCUCGAACACGUUUACACCUGACUUCAUGCGUAAGAGGAUAGCCCUCUGCCAGGCCCCGUUUUCCGCGUUUUUUUUUAUUAUUUAUUUCCGUGUAAACGGCUGUCUUGAUAUAUAUAUAAAAAAACACUGAUGGUGGAUAAUUCUGCCCUGCGUUGAGGGACCAGGGAGAACUGCGAAGGAUUUCUAAAGUUAUCUGAGAGCUCAGCAUCUAUCCAGCGACAUGGCUCGACCGCGGCCGCGGGAAUACAGGGCAGGAGAGCUGGUUUUCGCUAAGAUGAAGGGGUACCCGCACUGGCCGGCGAGGAUUGAUGAGCUUCCUGAAGGAGCUGUCAAACCUCCCGCGAACAAAUACCCCAUCUUCUUCUUUGGGACACAUGAAACUGCGUUCUUGGGUCCAAAGGAUCUUCUGCCCUACAAGGAGUAUAAAGACAAAUUUGGCAAGUCUAACAAGAGGAAAGGUUUCAACGAGGGCCUCUGGGAGAUUGAGAACAACCCUGGAGUGAAGUUCACAGGCUAUCAGGCCAUUCAGCCACAGAGCUCAUCGGAAACAGAGGAGGGGGGACACACUGCAGAUGGCAGCAGUGAGGGUGAGGAGGGUGACUCUGGUGAGGAGGAAGAUGACAAGGAAAAGCUGAAGGGAGACAAGACUGGAUCCAAACGGAAAAAGACUGCCACUUCCAAGAAAUGUUCAAAGCUGUCGAGGAUCUCAUCUGGAGAGGAUGAUCUGAAGAAAGAUGGAAAAGAUGAUGAUCAGAAGAGUGGCUCAGAGGGAGGAGAGCAGGACAACAACAUUAUCCAAAAUACAACAGACAGUAAGAACCAGCUGCUCAUAGAAGAACGUUAGAUGACAAAAGCAUGAACGGGAGCUCCGGCCUUGCUUCUGUGAUGUUGGAAAGGGGAACCUACCACAUGAUUUCUCACCCGCACCGUCUACUCGCUGCCAUCGUUACUUCCACUUCUCUGUUGGAUGUCCAGUAUUCGUUUGUAUGAAAGAUGCACCCUUACUGAUACUGGUAUCAUGUCACCAUGUGGAUACCGGGGUAAGACUGGGCAUUAUGUCACACAGUUUUUUCAGAACUUAAACUUAAGCCAGUGUCAUCUUGAACUUUGUAAAACAGACAGAAUGCUUGUAACUUUAUACUGUUGAAUAAUGAUAAGAUAUAGGAUAUUUAAAGGGGCAUUACGUGCUUGUGAACAUCCAUUGGGAGCUUUGAUAACAUUAGCUGUGUUUAUAUGGAGAGUUUUGCCUACUCAGAGUAAUAGCCCAGGCAAAAUGAAAUAUUUUGAGAUCGUAAGGUGUACCCCUUUGAUAAUUUGUUGAUUUGAUGAUGUGAAGUGUUGGCAGUCUGUGUGCGUGGCUCUGUUUUAUUUUACCUGUAGUAGUAUUACAACAAAAUGCCCUAUUGUGUUGGCUUAUCACAGAGGAACAUGUGGGAGUAUAUUGAUUGGACAGAUUAAGUAGAUAAUUAUAUUCAAAAGAAUACAAUGUACCAAUAUUUAAUAUGAUUUGAGAAUAGAGCUGAGGUACGUAGAGAUAAAUCUAAAUAUAAGUCUAAAUAUUACCAAAAAUGUGUUUGGUGUUGGCAUGAGAAUGUCCAUUUGGUAGAAACACUGGCAUUACUAUGUUUAGUAUUGCAGGCCGGAGGUUAUCUGUUCUGUAACAUCUGUAAUGUAACAUGUUUAAAUGAUGAAUGUAAAGGCAUAUUUGCAGAAACACCGUGCUAGGCUAACAUGUUAAACAAAAAAACAACCUAAACACAGAGGAGGAAUGUAUCCUCUGUCAGAAAGACCCCGCAUUUACGCAAAUUCAGUGUUAGCUUGUUUAUCUGUAGUUUCUUGUGAUCCUGGCACAUACACCAGUAACUGGGCAUCUAAUGGGAAAUAACCAGGUUAUAAGCGUGAAAGGGGAGCACUUCAUUAAUUCAAGAAGUCACGUAUUAGCUCCAGAAUUCACAAACAGAUGUGAAAUACCUACUUUUGCCUCUUAACAGCAUUCAACCUACAUAUCUACUAACUAUUGUGACUAUUGAAUUGUGACUAAUUAUAUACUUUGAUUGGUUACAACAUUACACGACCUGACUACUAUUGUGUAGGUCCACCUCUUGGUUCCAGCAGCUCUGACAUGAUUAGUUGGAGUAGUUGGUGGUCUGUGUAUUGGGAGGACGAGGUGGAUUAGAGUCUGGGUAGGUGGGAUUUGUCAAAGUACACAUGAAUGCUGGGAGGAAGCUUUUCCAGAGGAACGUUGUUGUGGAGAUGCUCUGACUCAGUUGUUUCACCCUUAAAUUUUGACCUUCACUUUUUCCUCGGUCUAACACAUCAACUUCAAGAAUUUAUUUCAGACAUUGACAUACGUGCGCCAUUGUAAAAAGAUAGUUAUUGAGGUUCCUUGCUAGUGGUCUGAACAGUGUAGAGCAUGUUCUUUUUUUUUUGCAGUAUUUUGGGAAAUCUGUGUUACAAUAAAAAUACAGUAUUGGUGCAUCUCUGGUGGCUAUGUAACAUGCCACUAUACCGUUAUGUCAAUACAUUUCACAUUUAGGCCAGAUGAACAGGCUUGUCUUGUCCCUGGUACGUCAUAUCCACACAGAGUGUAGAUAGCCAUCAAACAGCUAUUAUACUAGUCAUGCAUAGCGACUGUACCUAUACUGUGUCACUCAUGAUCACCUGUCAGUGUGUACAAAUGCAUUUAAUAAGACCUCCAUAAAUAUACUCUCUUGCUGUCCAUGAUAAACGUACGUUGGGUAUUGCAGUGUACUGAUCGCUCUAGUUGUAGCUUGAAACUGUUUUUUUUUUUUUUUUUUUUUUUAUUUUU